CUGCAUAAACUUAGCUGGAGGGGUAAAUAUAGUAACAGGUAUCGGAUCCCCUGUUCCUCCAGCCAGAGUGCUGUAGCUUUACAGCUGAACCGUGGAGGUCUGGGCUCAUGAACCUCCACGUUUUAUUCCUGCAGAAUUAUUAUUACACUUUAAUGACACUAUUCCAAGACCGACGUGUUAAUCUUGUGUGUGGAUCACUAUGUAUUUGCAGGCAGGCAGCCUCCGCUGUUUAAACACAGUGUGAGGUUCACUGAUAGAACCCAUGCUGGCAUACAGCUCUGGUUUCAGUCACAGGUCAGAGACAUCUCCUCCUCCUGCCAUCUUCAGCAACAACAACAGAUCCUCUUUGAAUCUGCGGGGGACUCCACAGCCGAGUCGAGGGGAACCAAAGCAACGACCCGACACAAAACCACAAGAGCCGGGACCCUUUAUGUGGAUAUCAUGGAGUUUCAGCGAUUUGGGACGGAGGAUGAGGAUGAUGAAGACGAUGCAGCUACUCAGUACAUGAUUGAACAGAGUCUGCUGGAGAGCAACAAACAGAAGGAAACCCACAGAGACUCCACAACACGAGACGGCAGGAGCUCUGGGCCUGACCCUGCAGACAGCAGCGCCAUCUUCACUGCUAUAAGACAAGGUAAUGAGAAGCUCUUGAAGGAUCUGUGUGUCCAACAGAGAGCGAAGUUUUCACAGACAGACAGCAGAGGUUGGACUCCUCUCCAUGAAGCAGCAGCUCAGAGCAACCAAACCAUCCUGAAGCUCACAUUCAAAGUGUCAGGCCCAGACUCUGUGGAGAGUCGGACUCUUCGUGGUCAGACUCCUCUCUUCCUGGCAGUAGAAGGAGGUCUGAUAGAAAACGCCUCCUUCCUCCUCCAACAUGGAGCUAAGCCGGACAGCCAGGACCACGACCAGGACGCACCACUGUUCGUAGCGAUCCGUUCAGACCGCACCGACCUGGUGAAGCUGCUGCUCCUGCGGGGCUCCAGGGUGAACCAGGAGGGCUGCCACGGCCGGCGUCCCCUCCACGAGGCCUCACGGCUGGGCAAAGCAGCGCUGGUGACUCUGCUGCUGGAGGCCGGAGCACAUCCAGACCCUCGCAGCCACUACGGCCUCACGCCGCUGGCACUGGCCGCUCAGGGGGGACACCUGGAGGUGGUGGAGACUCUGCUGCAGAGAGGGGCAGACGUCCUGUCCGAGGCACAGGAUGAGGCAUCUAUCUUGUACGAGGCGUCUUCGUCUGGAGAACCAUCUGUCAUCAGUCUGUUGCUGGAAUACGGCGCUGACGCCAACGUCGCCAAACAAACAGGACACAUGCCGAUCCACCGUGUCGCACACCGAGGACACCUGCAAGCUCUGAAGCUGCUGAUUCCAGUCACGUCCAUGGGAGAAGUAAACGACAGCGGGAUGAGUCCUCUACACUCUGCUGCUGCAGGAGGACACACACACUGCAUCAAGGCCUUGCUGGAUGCAGGUUAUGACCCCAACUACAUGCUGCAUCCCUGGAUUCGCCGUAGCUAUGAUGACGAGAGGAAGUCGGCGCUCUUCUUCGCUGUCUCCAAUAACGACGUGCCAUCAGCCAAACUGCUGCUGGAGGCCGGGGCCAUGGCCAACCAAGACCCAGUCAAAUGUCUGCAGGUUGCACUGCGUUUGGGCAACUAUGAGUUGAUCAACCUGUUGCUGAGGUUUGGAGCCAACGUCAACUAUUACUGCAGAAUAAACACAACACACUUCCCUUCAGCCCUGCAGUACGCUCUCAAAGACGAGGUGGUCCUCAGGAUGCUGUGUAACUAUGGUUAUGAUGUGGGGCGCUGCUUUGAGUGUCCCUAUGGCAACAGUUCCCACAUCCCUGAAGGCUACGAGGGAUGGAGCAACACUGUGAUCAAAGACGACUUGUUCUGUGAGGUGAUCACUGUCUCCUGGCUGAAGCACCUCUCGGGUCAGGUGGUUCGCAUCCUGUUGGACUACGUGGAUCAUGUGACUUUGUGCUCCAAGCUGAAGGCGGCUGUGAUGGAGCAGCGGCAGUGGCCCGAUAUCUGCAGGCUGCAAGACAGCGUCCGUUGUCUGCAGCAUCUCUGUCGUCUGCGGAUCCGCCACUGUCUCGGUCGCCUGCGUCUGCGAUCGCCCGUCUUCAUGAGCUUCCUGCCGUUGCCGGGGCGACUGAAGGACUACAUCCUGUACCGGGAGUACGACCUGUACGGCGGCAGAGCAGCACGCCGGGGUGACGCAGGAGUGAGGAGACGGACAAAAUGCAAAGAAAGUAGUUAAAUAUGAACAUGUAAAAAUAUCUGCAAACAUUCAAAAUCACACUUUAAAGUAACUUUUUCUGUUUGUUAACUCAUUUUCCACAUCACACACAUAUUUAACAGUAAGAGCCAAAAGAAAUUAAAUUUUAUUGUAUUUUUCUAUUAAAAUGUAUUCCUUUCCCUUCCUGAAAUACAGUAUUUUCUUAUUGUCCAUGAUUGUCUAUAUUUAGAUGAAGCAUAAAAGGAAACAGUAGCUGAAAGUAAAACAGAUCAGGAGGAUACAAUCCACUGUCAACAAACAUUUAAAGCCUUUUUUCAUAAAAGGAGAAAAAAGAAAAGAUGAAUGCCAACAACAAAUACUUGUCUCAUAUUUGUUUCGGAUAUAAU